AUGUCAAGCAAUUCUAUCCCUCGGCCCAGCCAGGGUGCUCCGCCUCUGAUGAUGCUCGCAUCUUGGUUAAAGUCCUCUCAACAUCGAGAUGACAGGGUUGUCUCAUUUCCAGCAAACACUUCAGAAGCCAUCAAACAGACUAGGCCCCCUGGAGGAGAGUAUAACAUGCAGGAGGUACAAGCGAUUGUGCUCGCACUUGAUUGCCGUGACUCGACAUUUUGCGAGCGCCUAGACUCACUUAGCCUUACUAUCUUGUGCAGCAUCUUCGUAUACUCGCAGGUAUGCCUUGCACAGCAACGAGGUCUCUGCCUGCUUGCGAAAGCUCUGCAUCAGGAUCAGCACGACUCCGUACAUCAGGCAGCCCAUAAGCAGGGGAAGAAAAUGGCAGUGGGACAAGCUGCCUUGACUCUACUUAUCAAAGGCUUCCUGAAGCAUGAUGCCUCUGACAAGCUUCGAAGAUGGCUUGGGAUACUUGCUUUGGAACUUCUCAAAGACUGCCCCGAAAAUACAGAGAAGCUGCAGUCGGAUUCACCUGAAGAGCAACACUGGCAAUAUCUCAGCGAGGUCAUCGAACACGAAAGCUGCCAAGUCUUGAAACUUCUUGCGGGCUCGAUGAUCCGCGAGAUGUUGAGCUCUGGCGUGUCGCCGGAUGCCUUUUGGCCGAGUGGGACUGUGUAUUCUAACUUUCCCAAAAGCCAGCAUCACAACAGUCAAUGGGUCACAUCGUUUGAAGAAUUCGUCGAUGGAUUGCUGCUGAAGAAGAUUUUAACGCAGGAGGUUUCGAGCGUAAUGUUCGCUCAAGCUGUCUAUGUCGGAGACCGCAAAUGGGACCUCGAAGAAGCGGCAGACAUACUGGUCACCCUCUCCGAAGAGCUCAACAUAAUCGUGCCAGCAAGCGACGCUCAACCGGCAGUUUACAUCGACGUGCCACUCAACUCUAUAAUAAAUGUCUUCUUUGAGGAAGCAUUCGUCACAGACUCACCAAACCCUACUUUUGGACUGAUCAUACAGUUGAUGGGUGGAGGCGCAACCAACUGCAUCCUCAACGCCAGUACGCACGCCGAACGCCAUGUGGCACUUGCGUUCGCUUCAGAAAAGGAUGCAGACACACUCAGGAGAUUGCUCAUGCCAACGAACGUUCGGACGGACGCGUUUCCGCCACAUAGCCAAUCAGGGGCAAUUGACGUCUCGGAGCCGAUUCUAUCAGACGACGAACUUGCUUCGCCUGGACAUGCAUUAAGCAACAGUCAAAUCUUAAUGAGAACCGCUUCCCUAGCCAAUGCCAUCAUUCCUCAUAGAAGUUUAGUGAACACGAUCAAUCCGUCAAAGCUUGAGCGUGUCUACACCUCUCAGCGUACUUCUACCGAGCGUCAAGAAGGGUCCUCAAGUUCGGUGGCAGAGCAUGAUGAAGGUCUUCAAACGGUCGAUCAUAGUAUGGAGAUGGCGGCAGAGGGGUUUGGCGUUUCACACAAUGAUGGUUUGGUACAGCAGGCCAUUGAAGGCAUCGACGUCUCUCAAACUGACGAAACUGACGGUUUGAGCAACGAAGAAAGUCAACACCGAAAUAUCCAAGCUCGUAAUCUCGAAAACGCUUCGUCCAACGCUCGGGUCCGUUACUCUCAAGCUCAUAGUAACAGGACGCAAGAACCCAUGAGACCUUUCGAUCAAACUCCAGACACUAGACUGCCAAGGUCGUCACGACGGCAUACGGGCUUCAGCUCAAUUCAGAAUUCUCCAGAGUCUCGCGCACGACUCCCUCAACAGGUAGUCUCGUCCGCCGUUAAGCCAGUUGAGGACGAAUAUGGCCGAAAAGGUCAGGAUGGAGAGCAUGAUAAUCUUUAUGAUGCCAGUCCAAAAGUCCAAAACGGUCACCGAAGGUCUCCAAGAAUUAUUGCACGAGAAAAUACCCCCCAAAAGCAUGCUAGUCCAAAAGUCAAAGACGGUCAGCGAAGGUCUCCAAGAAUUGUUGCACGAGACAAUACCCCCCCAAAACUGGAACGGCAACUCGAACUGAUCGCUCAGCAAGCAAUUGCCAAGACAGCUUCACCCACCAAGCUGAGUAGACAGCUUCGUAAUGUCGACGGAGUCGUGGCGUCGCGUACGGAACGGACGGCAGAUGAAGACCUCGCCGCCUCGACGAAGAACGGUGUUGGUGAUGUCAAGGCUAGCACGAAUAGAAAGAAAAUCAAAGCACCUGUUCUGGCGAAGACAAGGACCGUAAUGGAAGAGUCGACAAAUCCUACAAAAAACUUCGCACAAAGCAAGGGGAAAGCAAACGCUACCGCGAAGCCCCCGAAGGCUUCUUUUGAUAAUCCCGAUGUAGCGCCAUCACCUACACGCGCAGACUCCACCAUCAAGUCCUCUAGAAACAAGAUAAAGGCGACGACUGCUCAGCUAGAGGCCACAAGGGUGGCGUGCAACGAUCAAAAGCAAGCGACGCCCGUGCUAACAAAAGCUGCCACUACCAUUUCAUCCAAAGGCCCUGCACCACGAUUAAAGAGAACUCAUGAGAAGAAACCCAAAAUGAAAGGUUCAAAUCACGACUUAUCUACCAACAGUCCGAGUGGCAGGAACGUUGAUGACCAUAAUGAUGCUAUCUGGGACGUUAACCUAGCACAUAGCGAGGAAAGACCUCAAAUACUGAGGCAGUCACGCCAACCGGCGAAAGCAGCAAAGAAGCAAGAGGUUCGCAUACCGAAGACCAAGAAAAACAAGGCUCAAACUCAGCUACAUUCCGAUAAGGCAAAAGCAGACAAGGCAACCCAAGCCCAGACCCAAGCCCCAAUAGCUCGUGUCGUGAAAGCGAAGCCUGCACCAGCUGCAUUGUUUCAGCCACGGACCCGGCGCAUUGCAGCUAUCAAGGCAAAUAGAAAAAUUCAGGGCCUCGACGAAUCUGACGAAAUGGUGGACGACGAGGAAAUCGUACCGACGCUUGCACGCAGCAAGCGACAAGGAUCUUCAGAUGCAGCAAAAGCGCCUAGAAAUCAUAGGAUCGGAGACGGCAGAGACGACCGAACAACAUCCGGCGGGAAGCUUCCUACCGCACAUAUAUUAGAAAGAGAUUCCAUUCCGGAUAGCGUCAGUCCUGACUCUUUAGACGAGCGAAUACCAGACUCAGUAUCAGACCCAAAGGCUGAUAGCAGCCCGGAGCAGAUUGAUCUCGUCAGAGACGCGCCCGCGGAAACUUCACCAGCUGCUCCUGGUGAUACGAGGGACAAUUUGCAAAAGGAGAAACAGACUAGUGCUGCCGAGACUUCGAUGAUACUACAACACGCAGGACUCGGCGACCACUCAAAUCAGCGAAACUCUACUUCCGUGGAAGAGAAUGUCCAAGUGAGCGAAGCCAGCGCUAACUUAGUAAUAGACAAUAUUCCGCAGCAACAUGAAUCCGUCACCGAGACCGAUCCAGCUCCCGCUCGUCCCCAACAAGAUAACCAUGUCAAGCAAGGGCAUGAUGAUCUCGACGCUACAAAACCGGCGAACCCUGGGGACCAAGACCAAGUUGAACCCGUACUGCCCUACAAGGAUGAUGUGUCACUUGAAGUUAAUUCAAAACCGGACAACAUUGAGAGAAAAGUCGCUCCCCCUCAAGCCUCAUCAGCCCCACCAGCCCCAAUAGCUGUCGAAUCUCAACAGAGAAGGACUUCGCCGCGGUUGGCUGAAGCAGCCCAAAAACAUUUACCCGAGUCCACUGCCACGAGACGUGACCCCUUUGGUUCGAAGUUGAAUGCUUCGAUGCCAGAGUCGAAAGAUAUCAACGCCAAGGUCAAGAGCAGAGAGGAUUCAGGUGAUGCAAACGUCGAGAGUAAGGGGCCAAGCACUCCCAUAUCAGCAAAGCUAGUAAGAUCUUUGCGAGAGCCCAAAGCGAGAGCGUUUGAUAAACUCGGAGUCAAAUCGAUCGAAGGGGGAAAGCAAGCCCGGAACCCUCAAGAGCACCUGAAGUCCGCCAUGCAGGUAGAUGGCGAGGGUGAGGACUCACUAAUCCAGAGGCUGAAAGCCGGUGGCGAGUCAAGAUCGGCUUCAGGGGUUGAAACCAAAAGAAAAUCCGAGCAAGUAGGGGAAACGAGCCACAAGAGAGUCAAAGUUGCGCUUCGGGAGCGACUCGAGGGGGUCUCAGCAAGAAGGAAACCUGCUUACGACGCAAGAAAGACGCCGCCGCCAGUUGUAAGCAACAGGCCAUCAGUGAUCGGGUUUUCCACAGCUGGCCCAAGGAACCAAGGCACUAUUUCCACGAAGAAGCUAAAGCCUCCAAAGGAUGUUGGAACUGGCGGACCCGUUGCAGUGGAGUUGCGUAUGCACGAUGUUCUCAAUCCCACGAUCAAUCAGGGGGAAGCAGGCUUCGCUCCAGUACAAGAGGCACUUGAAAUACUUCCAGAAGAUGUCCAACAUGAACUCAAAGACGCAGGAGAUGCUCAAAAGGAAGCCCGCGGUUCAUUUCAGCGGAUACAGGCCGAGCAUCUCAAAAAUGGCAACGCGCUUGCGACUCGUGAGGCAAGUACACAAAAGUAUCGAGCCCAAAAGCGCAGACUCGCGCCCGUCGAUGACCCUGCAGCGUGGGAGCAUGAGCAACUUUCCAAGCGUCAAAAGCGAGAUAUGGAAACUCCACCUACUGCGCAUCAUCAUCAUCCUAGAAUGCUCCCUGAUCUUAGUCCUGCUAUGAUUCAUGACAGAUCUCAACCGCUUGGCUCUCAAAACACAAGAGUCAACGAGAAUGGCAGCCCAAUGCCAUUCUUUAUCACUCGUAAUGAGAACAUAGCAGCUGAAGAGCAGAAUUCAGAUGAGGACGAAGGCAACGAUGCGCUUGCGGAGGUUCGGCUUGAUGAGCAGAUCGUGUUGCAAGACAAUAAUCCCAUGUUACCAGAGCCAUUUCUUCCUCUUCGACCUCUUGUCUCAGUCUCUCAGUCAAAGACUACGGCGUAUCAAAGUCUCUCGAAUAAUAGCAAACAAGUACCCAGCUCACCUCAUGCUCCCUCGGCUUUUGGCACGAUGCCACCUCACCACAUUUACCACGACGGAGAGAUGGUGAACGCAGAGACAAGGGAGUCGAUCGUACCAGUUAACCUUCAAGAUCCUUUCCUUGGUGCCACACAAAACCCCCUGAAUCCUUUCAUGAAUGCCCUCCGCAAAUCAACCGAAGUUGCAGCUAAGCGUCCCAAUCCCGGUGCCAAUGACAAAAGAGGAUCGGGCAGUGUGGUAAUGCGCCCAUCCCUUAAUGUGGGUGAUGACCCCGACGAAACACUGGUGGAGCCAAAGAAGAGGAAAAAAUACAAAAAAGUCCAUAUAUCAGUUAGCUCUUCCAGUACGCAAUCGAGCUCUUCCACACAAGCAUCCCAGCCCGAUAAUUCUUCGGAAGAAGAAAGUGAUGGGGAGGCGAAAUGGCGAAAAGAACUGGAGCCGCACCAGGGGAAUAUGCUCCAGUGUCUCCUGACGAUCUCACAUCGUUUGAUUCGACAUCUGGUCGACAAAGAGACAGCCGUCGGAGAUAUAGUCACCGACUUUGCGAGCCGUGGUAAUAGUCUAGUCGAAAGCUAUGAGAAGGGGCUUCAGGACGAAUUUGACUCACAUAGAGCAAACAAUGACCGGAGACAUGCGAACUUGGUAAAGACCUUUGAGAAAGCGCAGGCAGACCGGGCGGCGACUUCCAAAGCAGUGGUCAAAUCGCAUGUUCAAGAUAUGAAAGCGCAGUGGGAAAUACGGCAGCAGGCUCUGAUGGGAAAGAUGGCCGCAGCAAUGGCAGCCUGCGCUGAGUGA